AUGGUACCUAGUUUACUUAGAGCAUACCACGAUGAUUUAGCGCAUUGCGGCGCAGAAAAAACACUUCAAGGUUUAAGUGCUACAUAUUGGUUUUCCUCUAUGCGUAAAAAAGUGAAACUUUAUAUCGACAAUUGUUUAACAUGUAUGAUGGUUAAUUCUUCUUCCCAUACUAGAGAAGGCGAGUUACAGAUUGUUAAUAACUCUAAAACUCCUUUUAAAAUUUUGCACACGGAUCAUUUUGGUCCUUUAAUAGAAUCAUUUGGUUAUAAACAUAUUCUAAUUGUAGUAGAUUCUUUCUCUAGAUAUACCUGGUUAUUUGCCGUUAAAACUACUAACCCAGAUAGCAAAAUGCUAGGAGUAUGCCAGCAGUAUGCCAGCAAACUUGAUCAUGACGUGCAGCAGAUAUUAAGCUGCUGCUUCCUCAUUAAGCUCAGUUUCUAA